CAAUUCCAAACUUUCUAAAAGUAGUAAACAUAACGGAGGGACCGGACUACAAAUUCGUUGCGUUGUUAGAGAGCCAAAGCUUCUGGCUUUUGAAACCCCUUCUUCCUUUAUAUGUUUCGAGCGGUUCCAAUGAGCUAAGGUCAAUUACUUCAGAUGGUUCAGCAAACCAUAGAUUCUAUAGUCAGUGAAUAUGGGAUGGGAACUACAGAAUCUGAGUCGUCUAUUCAUGAUAAACAACAGCCAGUUCCUGUAAAGAAGACAGUGUUAAGAGAUCUGCAAAAUGUGCCCAAGGAUAGACCCCCUAGUAAUGCCCCUAGAGUUUCGGGCAUCAAGAGACCUUUACCUGAGCAGCCAAUGAGCCCUCCUCAACACCAAUCCCCCAGUAGCAGUGCUGCAAAUGCGCAGCUUGUCUAUGUUCGUAGAAAAUCUGAAGCAGAUGCAGUCAGAAAUAGUACAUGUGAUAAUGCAAGCAUUAAUGCUGAGUGUCAGGUGUCAAGGAAACUUAGUCACCAUGAGGCAAGCACCCGACCCAUACCCCAAACAAAGGAAACAAAAGUUUAUUGUGUGCCGGCUUUUGCACCUUUUCCAGUGGCAGCUUCAACCAUUCCGCCUGGAAAACCUUCAGUUCCGGUCCUGCCUAGUAAGUCUGGUACUGGACUACCACCAGCAGGAGCCAAUGGUCAUCCCCAUACUUCUUCUACAGUGCCUUGUUCAUUGGGUCUAAAAUAUCUGCACUGGGAAGAGCGAUUCCAUCAAUUGCAGUUGCUAUUGAGGAACUUGGACCAAUCAGAACAUGAGGAUUAUAUCCAGAUGCUGCGGUCGCUCUCCUCGGUUGAACUGAGCAGACUUGCAGUUGAGUUGGAAAAGAGAUCAAUUCAACUUUCACUGGAGGAAGCAAAAGAGUUGCAGCACGUUGGGCGAUUGAAUGUUCUGGGGAAAUCUGCGACGCAGUUUAAAGUGCCCUCAACUCAGGAAGAUUGAUCGGAGGAUUGAAAUGACACCAAGGAAGAAGGAGCAGAUUGUGCUAAUCGGUAAAUUGCAGCUGGAUAAAAGUGUGCCUGCUAGUUUAUUUUCCACUGGUUCCGACCUUUUCCGCAGUUGGUUCUCCUGGUUGUAUUCACCGCAAGUUGUCUGUAAAAUUUGGGUUGCCGUAUGUGCAGUGUUCUUACAUCAGCUGUAGCCAAAGCUGCUGAAAGUAUUGAAUUGUAACUGUUGAAAAAUAUAAUUAAAUGGGUAAAUUUGUCAACUGCUAUCUCAA